GUUUGGUUGUUUAUGUAAUGGGAACGUUGGUCCAAAACUCGGUAUGACGUGAGCCGAACAGAAAGCAUUGAGCAUUGUUUUAAUUUUUUGAUUACGGAUGAAAUCCGCAACCUGAUCGUUCACGACACAAACAUGGUGGGGAUCCGGAGAAAUGCCGAGUGAAUGUUGACUGACACAACAGAGCUGCGGACAUAUUUUGGGCUGCUGGCCAAAUCUUUUAAAAUGGUGUGGUCCAGGUAGUGCACUUCUUUGUGCAUGGGCGGGAUAUAACAUGUGCUCCAUUUUUUUUACCCCAAGUUUUUUGUGGACAAGUCAGUUUGAAAGAAAUAUAGCGGGGUGGCAUGUACUACCCCAAGCCACCCCCUGGACACGCCCCUGGCUGAUCCUGGCUGGAGUGUACCGCUCCCUGAGCGGAGAUGGGUCGACCAGCAACAGAGCAGCCCUCCAGACUCCGGAGGAAGAGAGGAGGAUGAAAGAAAGGUGCCAUUUCUGCCAAGACAAGGAAGCAUGUUUGCCCACUUCUGCUCCAAAUGUGACCUGGCUGGCUGCACUCUACUGUUGCAUGCACUGUUUGCAACACACAAACACACACUUUGUUGUUCCAAUAAACUUUCAAAUGACUAUCAUUGUAAGAGCAUGUUUCUGUGCGAUGGACCUGGAUGUGAGUUUUUUUGAAUAUCUGACUCUACACAAAAAAGAGAAAACAAAAUAUAUUUUUUGCUCAUAUGUGACUCUAGAGCCCUCACAAUUCACCCCCAAAAGAGUUCCUCUGGACAUAACACACAAAAGGUGAAAACACAAAAGAUGAUUUAGGUUUAAAUUUUUUUAAAGUUUGUUUAUUUUGACAAAACUUAGCUCUAAAGGGGUUAAAUCUCAAAAACUCUCAAAUAUUUUAUUAUGUUUGGUGAGGACUGAAGCUAAGGAAAGGAUCUGUGAAAAAAAUACUGACUUUUGAAAUAUAUACUUUUUAAUAUACGUUUUGCUCAAAUGCAUAUUUUUGUGCGAGGGUCCCCAGUGUAGCUUUUUUUUAGGAACCUCCAAGGGUUAAAGCAGAAAUCUAUUUUUAUGACUGCAUCAUCUAGCGGCCAACAAAUGUAUCGCUUCUUAUGCCCUUCUCCCUUAUUUCAUACUUAUGGCCAAAAGUAAUGCUUCUCAUUAAUGAACGCACACCUUGAGCUGACCAACAGAGCUAAAAUACAUUGUUUUACAAUAAUUACCGUCAUGUUGUUCUGUUUAUUCCUAUGUAUGUAUAUUAAAGACCACGAAAAAGGCCACCAACUCUCCAUCUGUCUCGGUAUGUAUGUACUCAACAUGCAUCUGUGAUUGACAUCUGUACGUAAGCAGAUGUCAAUCACUAUUGGCUAGUGCUGAGCAGUGGUCAGUUCCUAUUGCAUGAGGCUCUAUGGGACGGGGACGGGCUUAGCAAAAAAAAAGAAAAAAAAAGACAUGGCCUACAUUAUAUCACAGUAUCACAUUUACGGAUUUAACAAAAUCACAUAUUUACCGAAAGUGGAAAAACUCCAGAUUGUAGUUUUACACAGUAUGAUUUUAUAAAUGAUUACAGACAUGAAUAAAAAAUAAGUUAAAGUAACAACUUAUUUAAAGUAAAAUUGGCAUAUUCGAUAUAAGUAUCAACUCCUAUAAAUAUGCAUAAACAUAUUUAAAAUUGUGCUAUUUCAAGAAAACAAGCAAUAUUUGGUCCAAGGUGAAUAUUGGUAAUGUUGCUGUAAAUGGAUUUGUUUGCCCUGUGCUUGUUGUAGUGCGAUGUCUUUAACUAAAUAGAAGAUCUUUGUAAUGUGGGCGGAGUUCUGAAGUCAAUAAGGGUGUGGUCUUCUCUCUUGUGUGAAUGUAUGGGACAACAUUACUGCUAUAAGAGAGUGGAUGAGCACAGUUGUUCAGUAAAUGUCUUCUUAUUUCGAAUAGUUCAAGUUAGCCAUACUGCAUCAGUGCUUGUCAGAGUGUGUGCUUCGGCAGAGCCGAAAAAAACUGCUGCACCAAGUGGCAGAAAUCCAGCCACUGGAAGUAACGAUGCAGCAGGUUAUGGGCCCAGACAUGUCCAACACGCUGAUUUACGGCCGCGGACCACUGCUAUCUUUAAACGGAAAUUAAGCGGGAUAUAACAUGUGCGCUAGAGUCAUUUGAAGGUUAAAAGUAUGCUGUUCUGGUACUAUUUAUGUGUAUUCUCUAAGAAAUAUUAAGGCAGUUUAAGCAACUAAACGGGUCUUAGCAGACAUGGCACCCUUUGCGAAGGUAAAAUGCCUGGAAGAUAAGGGCCCUGAGUUCUUGUCCUAUGAGUACCACGUUUUAUUGAGUGAUAAUACCAUAAAACAUGGUGUUGGAGUCUGCUAGCAGUAAUGGGAUAAUCUAUUAAUAAAUCAUUUUAUUUAUGAAGCCCUGUCUCACCCCCAAUCAAGGGGGCCUAAGGUUGUCAAGAUUUUUGAGGAAAACAAAUGGACAAUAAGCCUAGCAAAGAACCCAACAAACCGUCAGAGAAGCAAACACGUUGACACUACGCAUCACUUUGUGAAAGACGAUGUGGUUUUUGUUUUUUGUCCAACUGAGAAGAUGACAGCAGAUGUGUUCACAAGGUUAAAGGUGCAAAGUUUAUGAAGAUAUUUGUUUGGACUGUAAAAGGGAAAAAAAAAAACUAUCGAGUGGAUGUUGUCAUAGUGAUUUCAUCACAAAUAAGGGUGUAGUGCAAUGUCUGUCACCAAAUAGAUGUUUGUGUCUGUGUAUGUAAUGUGGGCAAAGUUCGGAAAUCUCUAGUAAAUUCACUUGUGCAUCUUCCUGUUUAUGUUCCUCCAACUACGACCAAUCUGUGUUAUUUUUGGAAUGAUGAUUACCAGGUUUCUGCUGCUUGGAGCUGACGGGAGCGAUUGGCAGAGCUCCCAACCUCAGACAAGGUGUUUGCCAUGCUUUGAGCUCUCAGACUCAGGCGUUGCUCGAGAUGAAUGGGAAGCUAGAUGCUCUCAGUAAUCUAGCAGUGUUUCUGAAUUUGCACGCAGAAUGUAUACAAGAUUGGAGAAUGUUGCAGCCUGGUUUUUUGGAGACUUAACUUCUAUUGAUUCAACUGUUGGGAUGUCCUUGAGACCAAAAUGGACUGAAAGGCAGAGAGGAAUUUUAUCUCUAGCCUGUCCCAAAACAAUAUAGGCUAUCUAAAUCUGGCUCCCUACGCUUGGCAUUACAGCCAAAGAACUCUAAACUCCCAAGAAUACAGAAAGAUGCUCUGUCCUCCCUAUCCUUCUCCUGAGAUGAGUCUCUGGCCUCCCGUUUAUCUCUCGAGUGAUCUGGGUGACGGAUCAUGGACUCACCUUCAAACUUAAGACACAAAGUGAAUUAAAAAAUAAAUGUCAACACAGCUUUUUCUCUUUCAAUCAACUACUUUUAGACACAAAUUGAGAAUCCAACUUUAAAAUGUGUUAAAAUUAUUGGGUUUAACAUUUAAAAUUAAUGAAUUAAUAAUUUAGUUCAUUCUGUAACUAGAUAUGUGUAAUAUGAUAACUUUCAGUGCCAUGACAUGAUCUUUGUAGUUUUUCUGCUCUUCAAUAAAGGUGAUUUGGAUCUUCAUGAAUGUUAUUUCUUAGUAUUUUUUAUAUCUAAAAAUGCGGUGUUGCAAGAACUUUCUGCUUCUUUGACAGCAUGUAAGCAUAAAUUAACGUGAACUGCAGACAGAAUCACUUAUUUGUAUCAGAUGGUGAGAUCCCAUCUGAUCAUAAAAUAAUCAAAUCACAUACACCACAUGCUAGGUUUUUAUCUUAUAUUUGUUUUGCACUUUGAUAUGUUUUGGGGGUGAUUUUUUAGGACGUUAUGUUUAUUAAUCUGUGAAGCGUAGGGGUUACUCAGCGUUUUUGAAGAGGCGCUGCAGUUCUCCACCAACCCUGUUGGCGUCGCCAACGAGAAAAUGCUUUCGCGGGACUAACCCGAGGAAGAAGAGUAAAGAAAGGAAAUCGUAGGCUCCAACUUUCCAUUUAUCUUUAUUUUUAUUUAUUUAUUUUUUUGGACUUAUUAUUUAACAUAAAUACCAGCUUUUUGCCCUAACAGCUGUAUCAACCGUCUGAUUAUUUUAGGGAUUUUUUGUUUUAACGAACGAAAGCUAACAGGGAUGUGAUGAUGGAGUCAGAUCAGAAUGUUUUCAAUCACAAAUCCAGACUGCAAAGAUUUGAUGAUCAGCAGAGGGCGCUGAGUAUAGAUGCUCCUGAUGGUUGGGGACCUAAUAUUGUUCAGCAGGGCUCAGAGACUCUCAACAUAAAAGAGGAGGAGACCGGUCUGGAGGGUGAACAGCUCAACGAAACUUCAGUUCCUCUGAAGAGUGAGGAUAGGGAAGAGAAACCUCAAAUAUCACAGAUUUAUCUGCAUCAAAUGAGAGGCAGAGAUCUUCCAAUCAGCAGCUCAGCUAACGAGGAGUGCUGGAGAGGAGCAGAAACUACCUGGAACCCUGAUGUAAAUACUCCUGAAGAUGGUCCCAACUCUCCAGAGACUGAAGACAGUGAUGAGGAUGCAUGGGACAACGACGAUGAUCAGCAGAGGGCGCUGAGUAUAGAUGCUCCUGAUGGUUGGGGACCUAAUAUGGUUCAGCAGGGCUCAGAGACUCUCAACAUAAAAGAGGAGGAGACCAGUCUGGAGGGUGAACAGCCCAAUGGGAAGGAGGAGACUGAUGCCAACAUGUUCUCAUUCUCUUCAGUUCCUUUGAAGAGUGAGGAUGAUGAAGAGGAAACUCUAAUCUCACAAAUUCAUCAGCAUCAAAUGGAAGGUGGAGAUCUUCCAGUCAGCAGAUCAGCUGACAAGGUGUACUGUAGAGGAGCAGAAACUAGCUGUAACCCUGAUGUAAAUACUCAUGAAGAUGAUCCCAGCUCUCCAGAGACAGAAGACAGUCAUGAAGAUUCAGGUGACAAUGAUGAUGAUCAGCAGAGGGCGCUGAGUAUAGAUGCUCCUGAUGGUUGGGGACCUAAUAUGGUUCAGCAGGGCUCAGAGACUCUCAACAUAAAAGAGGAGGAGACCAGUCUGGAGGGUGAACAGCCUAAUGGGAAGGAGGAGACUGAUGCCAACAUGUUCUCAUUCUCUUCAGUUCCUUUGAAGAGUGAGGAUGAUGAAGAGGAAACUCUAAUCUCACAUAUUAAUCAGCAUCAAAUGGAAGGUGGAGAUCUUCCAAUCAGCAGAUCAGCUGACGAGGACUGUAGAGGAGCAGAAACUAGCUGUAACCCUGAUGUAAAUACUCAUGAAGAUGAUCCCAGCUCUCCAGAGACUGAAGACAGUCAUGAAGAUGCAGGUGACAAUGAUGCUCUUUCUGCAGAUGUUCUGCAGAUGCUGGUGGUUAAAGAAGAGGUUCCUGAAGAUUGGAGGCCAAAUGUGAACCAACAGGAACCAGAGCUUCUCAGCAUAAAAGAGGAAAAGGAGGAAUGGUGGACCAGUCUGGAAGGUCAACUCGGUGGUAUAAAGAAGCUUGAUGCCACCAGGUUUUCAUUCAAUGUUGUUACUUUGAAGAGUGAGGAUGAGAAAGAAGAACGUCUAAUCUCACAGGUUCAUUGGCAUCAAAUGGAAGGCAGAGAUCUUUCAGUCAGCAGCUCAGCUGAGCAGAUGGAAGCAGAAGCUGAUGAAGAUGACUGUGGAAUAGCAGAAACCACCAGGGGUCUAAAUCUAAACACUGAAGACACCUAUAGCUCAUCAGAGACUGAAGUCAGUGAGGAUGAUGUAGAGGUUGAUGACAACUCUCACAUGCAGCUGAAACUCCUGUCAGAACCUGGGUCAAAAACUGAAGACACAAUCCACACAGGACCAAAAUCAUUUUGUCAUGAUCUUUGUGAUGAAAGUAACCAAAAUAUGAAUUUAAAUACACAGGUGACAAUCCAGGAGGGACAGAAAGUGUUUGUUUGUGAUGUUUGUAGACAAAGUUUUAGCCAGAAGUCACGUUUAAACAGACACAUAAGAAUCCAUACAGGACAGAAACCAUUUGGAUGUGACGUCUGUCGACGAAGUUUCAGCCAAAAGUCGCACUUAAACAGACACAUGAUAAUUCACACGGGACAGAAACCAUUUUGCUGUGAUGUUUGUCAACAAAGUUUUACUCGAAAGACAAAUCUAAACAUACACAUGAGAAUCCACACGGGACAGAAACCGUAUAGUUGUGAUGUCUGCAGUAGAAGUUUUAGCCAAAAGAAGAGCUUAAACAUGCACAUGAGAAUCCACACAGGACAGAAACCAUUUUGUUGUGAUGUUUGUGGACAAAGGUUUGGCAAUAAGAUAUGUUUAAAUACUCAUAUCAUAAUUCACACAGGACAGAAACCAUACAGUUGUGAUGUUUGUAGGCGAAGUUUUAGCCAAAAGACUAGUUUGAAUACACACAUGAGAAUCCACACGGGACAGAAACCGUAUAGUUGUGAUGUUUGUGAACGAAGUUUUAACCAGAAGACCCAUUUAAACAGACACAUGCUAGUUCACACAGGGCAAAAACCAUUUUGUUGUGAUGUUUGUGGACAACAGUUUAGAAACAAGGCCUAUAUAAACUCACACAUGAGAAUCCACACAGGACAGAAGCCGUACUGUUGUGAUGUUUGUGGUAGAAACUUUAGCCACAAGACGAGCUUAAAAAUUCACACGAGAAUCCACACCGGCCAGAAACCGUUUUCUUGUGAUGUUUGUGGUCGAAGUUUUAGUCAGAAGAUACAUUUAAAUACGCAUAUGAGGAGCCACACAGGACAAAAACCGUUUGGCUGCGAUGUUUGUGGACAGAGAUUUACUCGAAAAACAAGUUUAAACACACACAUGAGAAAACACACAGGACAAAAACCGUUUGGCUGCGAUGUUUGUGGACAGAGAUUUACUCGAAAAACAAGUUUAAACACACACAUGAGAAUACACACAGGACAGAAACAGUUUUCCUGUGAUGUUUGUGGACAACGUUUUAACCAAAAGACACUUUUAACGACACAUAUGAGAAUUCACACAAAAGGGGAAACAUCAAGAAAACUUUUAGGAACUAGCCUAGCAUCAACGUCGUCAUUUGUCAAAGCACAAUAAUAUAUAUAUAUACAUAUAUAUUCACAUAUAUAGGAUAGCUUUCCAGGCCACUUAAGCCUGAGUCAUGCUUCUCCAUCAGCUCCACCAGGGAGACGCACGCACGAGCGGAGACAUUGUGCCCUCAUACUUCUCCGUCUCCUAGGGAGAUUGCCCAUGUCGGGUAUGCGCAGGUCUUUAAAGCGUGUUGUAUGUGUUUGUCCUCUUGUUUACGGUCUCUCUCUUCUGUUAUUAUGUUUGCUCGGUGAUAUAAUGUUCUGAUUACUGAUAUUUUGUGUAUCUGAUGUCCAUA